UAUUUAUUUAUCCUAAAGUUGUGAGACACACAAAGAAAGAAAGAGACGAGCAGAGGAAGGAAAAUACGAGAGUUGUCAGAAUCUGAACCUUAAAAACCAUGCUGUCCUUUCUUCCACACCGUUGAGAUCUAUAGCAGCCAAAAACCAUAAGAUUCGACAUCCACCACCUUCUACGUCUCAACCCUUCGAUUUGUCGUUAGAUGGUCAAAUCAUGGCGUGUACCCCACCAAGAAUAUGAUUCCAAUAAACAACAGAAUGAAAAACGAACGUCCUUCUUCCACAUCUCUCCCUUCUCUUCCCCACCAUCCAUCUUCCCUUUGGGUCACACCAAAGCCACUUGGAUUCCAUAAAAAUUUAAAAAAAAAAAUGAUUUUUUUACUCUUUUUCUCAAGAGUUUUCAUUUGAGUGUCAAUCAUUUUUUCUGUUUUCUUAUUUAUCAUGCUAUUUAUCCUUUGAAGCCUGUGGGUUAUGUAUUUAUGUGAUACCAGCGUGCACUCUGCUCUCAUGUUUUUCUUUUUGUAUUUGAAGUGGAUGUCAGCGAUGUUGUGGUGAUUCUUGUUGUGUUCUUUGUUUUAGCUUCCGAGGUUUGUGUCUUGCCUUUGAAGAUUGGUUGUGUGGGUGGAUAUACCUAUAAUGGGUUUUGAUACCAAUUUGGUGACUACUAUCAUUGGGUUUGGGUUGAGUGCAACUUUCAUUGUCUUCGUUUGCACAAAAAUAAUUUGUGGAAGACUACACGAGCGUGUUGGAAUACGAACAGUAUAUGAAAUUGAACCAAGAACAGACAUAGAACGGUCAGAGUUUCAUGGUAAUGAACCUGAACCUGCUUUUGUUGCUGCAAUCCCCACUUUGAGUUUCAACCAUGAAGCCUUCGUUUCAACGGGAAGCACACAGUGUGUGAUAUGUUUGGCAGAGUACAAAGAAAAAGAAGUGUUGCGCAUCAUACCAAAAUGUGGCCACACUUUUCACCUGUCUUGCAUUGAUAUGUGGCUGAGAAAACAAUCCACUUGUCCAGUGUGUCGUUUGUCACUGCAAAAUGCUUCUGAAUCAAAACAUGUGAGACAUGUAACAUUUACCAUAAGACAUUCUCUGGAUGAGUCCAAUAAUACUUCAGAAAGGAACAUAGACAGUGAGAGACAAGUUGAACCUAAUUCUAGGAUAUCUCUACAAUCAACUUUGGGAGAGAUAGGAUGUUAGAAAGCUAGUUUGUGUCUGAUAUUUGUGUAUGUAAAGGAACAUUGCUUGCAAUUCACUCUAAAUACUAACACACCUUUUUAUACCUUUGUUUGCUGAAUUUUGUUUUAGUAUUGAAUACUUUUGGAUUACUUUCUAUUUAUAAAAAGAUCCUAUAAAAUUUAUUUAA